AUGGAUAGCCUGCUUUUUGACGCCCUCGUCGUUCUCUGUGUUCUUAGUCUCGCAGUUCUCUGGCAAUCAGCACGAGCGUCACAGGCCAGGACACGAUCGCCACUCCCACCUGGGCCUCCUGAGCUCCCGAUAAUUGGCAAUCUCUUACAGGCACCCCGAUCUGAGGAAUGGAUUGCAUACCGUGACUGGAGUAUCAAAUAUGGUUCCGAGUUAGUGCGCCUCUCAUCAUUCGGUACGCACACAAUCAUCGUGAACUCGGCGCGCGCCGCAUACGAACUAUUCGAAAAGCGGUCUACUUUGUAUUCUGAUCGGCCCACGUUCACUGCAAUGACCUACCGAUGGCUGAUCGGCUUCGUGCGAUACGGGCCAAAAUGGCGUCUCAUGCGCAAAACAUUCCAUGAGCAGUUCAGAGCCAACACUCUCGCUCGAUAUGAAUCGUAUCAAGUUCAGGCUGUACACGCCUUUCUGCAGACACUUGUCUCCGAUCCGCAGGAAUUCAAGGAGAACGUGCGGCUCCUAACGGGAAAGAUUAUCAUGCAUAUUGCAUAUGGCAUCGAGGUCAAAAACUAUCAUGAUCCCUUUAUCACGAUCAUUGAAGCUGCAUUGACCGCUAUCAACCACUCUGCCACAUUCGGCGGACUGGUUCUCGAUCUCGUACCAUUCCUGCAGAAGAUGCCCUCUUGGUUCCCUGGGGCCGGCUUCAAGAAAUAUGCCGCUCAAGCGCGGUCAGAAGUCGGUGAUGGAGUCAUGGAGAUGCCAUGGGCUGCUUUUAUGAAUGCCAAGAAAGCAGGUCUUGACGAGACGCAACAGACAUCGGUCGCAGCGAUUCUACUCGAGAAGUACGGUGGCGAUCCGGAGCUUGAGCUAGUGAUCAAAGCGAUUCCCGCGAAUAUGUACAUCGCUGGAGCAGAUACGACGGUUUCGUCUAUCACGUCUUUCUUCCUGGCGAUGCUACUAUACCCGGAGGCUCAAACCAAAGCUCAUGAAGAGAUCGAUCGCGUGCUACAAGGAGCGCUACCAACCUUGCAAGACCGCGAAAGGCUUCCUUACACCAUGGCGCUUGUUAAAGAAGUCUUCCGCUGGCAUCCGGUUACAACCCUCGCUAUCCCUCACGCGCUCACGGACGAUGACGUUUACGAUGGCUUAUUCAUACCGGGAGGAAGUACAGUCGUUGGCAACGUUUGGGCCAUCUUACACGAUCCAGAAUUCUUCCCGGACCCCGAAACAUUCAACCCCGCGCACUUCAUAUCAACGAGCCACGGCGGCACUUAUCCAGCAGACGCAUGUCAGGGCGACGAAGUACCAUAUCCCGAUACCGCUUUUGGAUUUGGUCGGCGCAUAUGCCCUGGGAGAGCUCUCGCGAAAACGAGCGUCUGGUUGACGGUCUCCAGUGUUCUUGCAGCCUUCGAUAUAAUCCCUGCGAAGGAUGGCACUGGAAGCCCAGUGCCCGUAAAAGAGACAUGGUCGAGCGGAGUCGUCGGUUAUCCGGGCCCUUUUGUAUGUGAUAUCAAGCCGCGAGGACGAGCGGUGGAAACGGUUAUGGCUCAAGCCAAUGGCGAGUCUUGCACUCAACGCUUUCUGCUGUCGAACCCGGACCCAUCUUGUAUACCUCGUACUGCCCUUGGCAUGCAUGAUAUCGCGUUCUUUGCCGCCGUCUGGUCUCAACCCCAGACCUUCACGCGCCGCUCACGCCAGUUCUGUCCCACCCUCCACUCGCUAUGA